GAAAGGUGCAAAGUUUGGUCCAGAUAGGGAAUGAAUGAUCAAAGCCAAGCCGAUACUUCCUGUUGCCGGGACGCUAUAUAUAACGUGAUGAGUGCACGGGCUGCGGAGACGCACCGUAGCGCUCGCCCCGCCGCCGCCGCCGCCUGCGAGCGCCUGAGGUUUCCCGGGGACCACAAUGAACAAGUUGCUGUGCUGCGCGCUCGUGUUCCUGGACCUCUCCAUUAAGUGGACCACCCAGGAAAACUUUCCUCCAAAGUACCUUCAUUAUGACCCAGAAACCUCUCGUCAGCUGAUGUGUGACAAAUGUCCUCCUGGCACCUCCCUAAAACAGCACUGUACAGCGAGGCGGAAGACUGUGUGUGCCCCUUGUCCUGACCACUACUACACAGACAGCUGGCACACCAGUGACGAGUGUCUGUACUGUACCCCUGUGUGCAAAGAGCUGCAGUAUGUCAAGCAGGAGUGCAGUCGCACCCACAACCGCGUGUGCGAAUGCGAGGAAGGGCGCUACCUUGAGCUCGAGUUCUGCUUGAAGCACAGGACCUGUCCCCCUGGAUUUGGAGUGCUACACGUUGGAACCCCAGAGCGAAAUACAGUUUGCAGAAGAUGUCCAGAUGGAUUCUUCUCAAAUGAGACGUCAUCUAAAGCACCCUGUAGAAAACACACAAAUUGCAGUGCUUUUGGUCUUCUUCUAACUCAGAAAGGAAAUUCAACGCAUGACAAUAUAUGUUCUGGAAGAAGUGAAUCAACUGAAAAAUGUGGAAUAGAUGUCACCCUGUGUGAGGAGGCAUUCUUCAGGUUUGCUGUUCCUACCAAGUUUACCCCUAACUGGCUAAGUGUCCUGGUAGACAGCUUGCCUGGCACCAAAGUAAACGCAGAGAGUGUAGAGAGGAUAAAACGGCGACACAGCUCGCAAGAGCAAACUUUCCAGCUGCUGAAGUUAUGGAAACAUCAAAACAAAGACCAAGAUAUGGUCAAGAAGAUCAUCCAAGAUAUCGAUCUCUGUGAAAGCAGUGUUCAGCGGCACAUUGGGCACGCAAAUCUCACCUUCGAGCAGCUUCGCGGCUUGAUGGAAAGCUUGCCGGGGAAGAAAGUCACAACGGAAGACAUUGAGAAAACAAUGAAGGCAUGCAAAUCGAGUGAGCAGAUCUUGAAGCUGCUCAACCUGUGGAGAAUAAAAAAUGGCGACCAAGACACCCUGAAGGGCCUAAUGCAUGCACUAAAGCACUUGAAAACAUACCACUUUCCCAAAACUGUCACUCAGAGUCUGAAGAAGAUCGUCAGAUUCCUUCACAGCUUCACGAUGUACAAAUUGUAUCAGAAGCUCUUUUUAGAAAUGAUAGGGAACCAGGUCCAAUCAGUCAAAAUAAGCUGCUUAUAACCGGAAAUGGUCAUUGGGCUGUUUCCUCACAAUGGACCAGAUCCGAUGGAUGAAUAAACUGUUUCUCAGGCACUUGACAAGGGUUACAACGAUUUCUUUCUCAUCACCAAGGACUGGAUUUGGCCACAGGGCACAAAAAGAAACUAUGUUUUGGAGAAAGAACUUAACAUCUCCCUCCAAAGUCCAAUAAACCCCAAAUAGUUUAUCCAACUGACAGAUCUGGUCCAAUAUCUACUGACUACGUUUUCCCUUAUUACUGCUUGCAGUAAUUCAACUGGAAAUAAGAAACUAGACUCCAUUGUGCCUUACUAAAUAUGGGAAUGUCCAAUUUAAAUAGCUUUGAGAUUUUAGCUGUGCUAGAGGCUUUUAUUAGAAAGCCAUAUAUUUUUCUCUGUAAAAGUUACUAAUAUAUCUGUAACACUAUUAUAGUAUUUGCUAUUUAUAUUCAUUCAGAUAGAAGGUUUGUACAUAUUAUCAUC